AUGCCUCCAACCCCAGCGCCGCCCUCGGGGCAGACGGAGGCCUCCUCAUGGGUCCCGCUGCCCUGCGGACCCUGCAUCCCCAUCAUGGUGGCCCUGGCCGCUCUGGCCGCCGUCUUCCUCCUGGCCACAGCCGUGUUGGCCGAACGCCUGUUUCGCCGCUCCCUCCAGCCGGACCCCAGCAUCCGGGCACCCACCCUCGUGUGGCGCCCCGGAGGAGAGCUGUGGAUCGAGCCCAGAGGCACGCCCCGAGAGCGCUCUGAGGACUGGUAUGGCUCAGAGGUCCCCCUGCUGACGGACGGGGCCCCAGACCUGCCCGCCCAGGGGGACACCUUGGAGGCACGAGCGACAGCCCCACCCGCUCCCUCAACCCCACGCUCCCCCCCCAGCAGCCCGGUCCCCCAGGCCCCACCCAAUGCCCCAACCCAGAGCACUUUCUGGGGGCCCCAGGUCUGGGAGGAGAGGCCCCAGGCCCCAGGCCUGGUGAGCUGGGCUGAGCCUGAACAGAGGCCAGAGGCCAGCGCAUAUCCUGGGAGCCCCCAGGCCCGGAGGGUGCGGCCAGGAAGCCCCGAUCUUGAGUGGGGCCUGCAGCCUCGGGUCACCCUGGAGCAGAUCUCAGCAUUCUGGAGGCGUGAAGGCCGAAGCAGCGUGGGUUUCUGA